AGGAAGUAAAGUUGCAAACAACCUGCCGCGGCAGGAACUUUGUGAGCUGCUCCAGCUGCAUGUGUUCAAGGUGCCUUUGAUGUACGUGCAGCAGCUUCUGGAAAGUGGACUGCAGCUUUCCCACCCGCCAGCCCUCCCUCUCCCCAACCCUUCCCAGCCUCCCCUCCCACCUCCGCCACUUCAGCCCGCACACGCAAUUUGUUUGAGAAGAAAAAAAAAAAAGUGAUGAACGAGAAGUGGUGAAUUACCCAAGCGACUUUCCUCAAAGAGGGAGCGAGCCGGGGAGCGGAGCCGGGGCGAGCCCCGCGCAGGCAGCGCCGGGAGGGACCCAGCGGGCGCCCGCCGGGAACCGCGGGGCUGCCGGGCUGUGAACGCGGCUCCGCAGCGAGAUGCAAAAAGCCUCAUCUGCUUGCGUUUGACUUGCGAUGCCGGCUCCUCACUAGAAUGCAAACCCUUGCACAGGAUGAAAACAGGUCAUUCUUCCAGAAUGCCAGAGGAAAGUUCGCCAAAGCGGAGUCCUCAAAACAUCCCAUACAAGGAUCUGCCCCAUAUCAUCAAUGCUGAUGGGCAGUACCUCUUCUGCAGGUAUUGGAAGCCAGAAGCAUCUCCCAGGGCCCUCGUGUUCAUCGCCCACGGCGCUGGGGAGCACUGCGGCCGCUACGAUGACUUGGCCCAGAAGCUGACAGGACUCAACUUGUUUGUCUUUGCCCAUGACCAUGUUGGCCACGGGCAGAGCGAGGGUGAUCGGAUGGUUGUCUCAGACUUCCACGUCUUCAUCAGGGACAGCUUGCAGCACAUUGAUCUCAUGAAGAAAGAGCACCCCAAACUGCCUGUUCUCAUCCUGGGGCACUCCAUGGGGGGAGCCAUCUCCAUUCUGACAGCAAGUGAGCGACCCAGUGAGUUUUCAGGCAUGCUGUUAAUCUCUCCUUUAGUGGUAGCCAGCCCAGAAGUUGCCACUCCCAUCAAGGUUUUUGCAGCAAAAGUGCUCAACUUUGUGCUCCCAAACCUGUCACUGGGAUCAAUAGAUCCAAGUGCAAUUUCCCGGAACAAGAAAGAGAUGGAGUCUUACACAUCUGAUCCCUUGGUGUACCACGGCGGCAUGAAGGUGUCCUUUGUCAUCCAGCUGAUGAACGCCAUCGCCAGAAUCGAGCGAGCCCUGCCCAAGCUGACCCUGCCCAUCCUGGUGCUACACGGCUCCUCCGACAAGCUCUGCGACAUCAGGGGCUCCUACCUGCUGAUGGACACCGUGCAGAGCCAGGACAAAACACUCAAGGUGUAUGAGGAAGCCUAUCAUGCCCUCCACAAAGAGCUGCCUGAGGUCUCUACCUCUGUCUUCACAGAAAUACUGACAUGGAUUGGCCAGAAGGUCUCAGCAGCUGGGGAAACCAGCCAUACUUAAGAGCAAUUGCAUUUGCAGCUCUUACUGGGGUUUUCUAGGAAUAGAUGUUUUUCUUACUAGAAAUCUCUCGGGAAAAGAUCUAACAUGGAGGGAUUCUUGGAAUAUUUUAUCACACACAGCUUAAGGGAGGGUGGGGGGAGAGGCACAGGGUGGGGCAUUAUUUACUGAUGUAAAUGGCCACUGCCCUAAUCUGGAGAAGAGUUGAUAGCUGUGGGAUGCCCCUCACCCACCAAACUUUCUCAGCGGCUUCCCCUUCUCUGCUUUCGCUGUGGUGACUGGGGUGUGUUUUUACUGCAAUAAUUAUUGGUAUGUAAAAGAAAUCUGUAUCUUCCACUUCAUGGUUUUGAUGCCAGGUGCGUCCCUUGUCCCCACCAUCCAGCACCUUAAAAACCCUGGUCCUUGAGAGGAGAGCACUAACAAAGGUGCUGGGUGAUGAGGAGAGGCUAAAGAUGGAGCUGACAGCUCCCUGAAGGUGAAAGGCUGAUUUUCAAGAUCAGGCCCCUUUGGAUACUACCUUUUUAAGCAGACCAGGCCAGGGGAUAGAGAUGCCUCCCCCACCACCCUGCACAUCCUCUGUGAGUUUGCACUUGGGGAAAGCAUGUUGAACAGUGCUUUGAUUUUCAUCAUCCAAGCAGGAUCCCAGAAGGAAGAGCAGGAAUGUGGAAUCAAACCCACUUAGCACAUUCAAUUCCCCUGCUUUUCCCCAUGUCAAACCCCAUCUCCUCUGCAAGAUGAACUGUUCUGUAAAUAUCCCUAGGGACAGGGUUUUUUUCCUUCCCCUCUUCCUUUUUUUUCUUUUUUUUUUUUAACUUUCAUUUCUUUUUUCCUUUUGGGAUUAAUCACUUGUGCUACUGAAAAUGAAAAAGCAAAGUCAAAGUUAUAAGAGAAUAUAGUAAUAUAAUAUAUGAUAUAGAGGUGGCUGGAAGCUGGGAGAGAAAUGGGAGGAGAGUAAAGAAGGAGUUAAUCAUUCCUUCUCUUGGCAAGGAACAAUGUUGUCCUACCAGGAUCUGGUCCUUUCACCAUAACUUUACAGUCAUAAUCUGUUGUUUUCCCUCAUCAGUUGGAAAAUGUCCUGAAAAUAAUGCUAGAGAGAAGUGCAGAGCAUCUGGUGGGUGGGGAGUAGCAGUGGGUGUCCUCAUGGUCCACUGGUUUAGCAGGAGACCCACAGCAUGAGCAGAGAUCCUGUCCAAGCCCAUCCCAGUCUCCUCCCAGUCAGCACUGGGGUAGACCACUGUGGGGCUGAGCUCAGCCCUUCAGGACACGUGGGGACUGAAGGCAGAGUGUGGAGUGUGAUCAUCCAUCCAUCCAUCCAUCCAUCCAUCCAACCAACCAUCCAUCCAUCCAUCCAUCCAUCCCGCCUCUACCUUGUGUACUGGGCAGCCACAGACCCUGCUGAACUAGCUGCUGUGGAGGAGCUUGUGGACAGGGCCUGUGGUGCAGGUGGGGCAAAUUCUUGAGCUGCCUGAGUCUCUGCUAGCAGCAGGGUGAGAGGAGAGAGUUUAGACCCUGGAUGAGAGCAGAAACAUUGUACUGGCACAGUAAAAGCUGCACAGUGAUGACAGAGUGGCUGUGCAGGACAAUUUAUCCAGCCCUCAGCAUGAAUAUACUUCUUGGCACUAUCCAAAGGGAGGGGUUUAACCUGCACCUCUCCCUCUGCUUUUGCAAGAAGAGAAUGCAAAUGUUGCACUAUGAGAGAGUGGGGCAUCUCCCCCAGUGACAAACCAGUCCUUACUGCCUUCCCUGGCAGCAGCAAGAAGCACCAACCACUGUGCCUUGAGCUGCUGUCCCCAGGGCUGGAUCCCUGCUUUGACAGCCAGGGGGUCACCCACCUCUUCUCCCUUUGGAAGCAGUUCUAGCAGGGUUCAGGAAAGGGACCUCUGUGCAAUAACAGUCGGAAUCAGGGCUCAGUCCCAUUCAGUCCCAGAUGAAAGAUGUGUGGAUGCAGGUUGUAUCCUUGCAGUUGCCCUAAGGGGCCCAAGUCAGGGAAGCUCUUUCAUACAGGUUGAUCCAGGCACUUUGGCAUUUGUAUUUUCUUGCCUCUAAAGAGAGGAAAGAGCUGUAGUUCUCCCAGCAACAUUAGCUUUUAAUUGAAAUGUUAUUCCAGUGCAAUCAGCUGUUCUCAGCAGCCCCUGUGAAACCUCUGGUGACACUUACUCUGGGAAAGAGCAAUGAGCAGGUCACCUGCUUUCCAUCUUCCAGCAGCCUGUCUUGAGGCAACUUCUGUUGCCUGAGCAAGCUCCCUCCUGGGCAGAUGCUGCUAGAGAAAGACAGCAAGAAGAGAAACACUCCAGCAGUGAUAAAUCUCACCUGCUUCUUCAGCUGGAAGGGGAAACAAGUGGGUGUGAUCCAGAGGUGACAGACGUUGCGGGGGUAGUAGGAAGAUGAUGAUUUAAGGAUAGGAUUUUUGAAAGCACUUUUCUUGAGGAAGUCAGGAGGAGUAAAUCAAUGCCCACAAUUUUUACAUCCCUUCCAAAGUGACAAGCACUUUGCAGGAGGGGAGAGGGAAGGGACCCUUCAGCAGAAAGGUCAGAGCCCAUCCGCUCCCUCCAACCUGGCUUCAGGCAGAGGAACGUCAGUUGUCAGUGCCUUUGCUAAAAUGUGUCCUUUCACCCAAGAAACAUCUGCAGCUGAACAAAAAUAAAAAGAAACCAAUUACAUUGACCUGGGGAAGACUUGUCUUUCAGUCUAUAGCUAAACUCAGCAGUGGCACACGGCCUGGGGAGGCUGUUUCAAAAAAAGGUUUACAAACAAAACCUAGAAAAAACAGCAACAAAAAAAAAAAAAAGCCAAAUGACCCCAAAGCCAUGGCACAGCAGCAGGUAUUGCCACCCUCAGCCAGUUUUCUGAAGAGUUACCUUCUGAGGCCAUUAACACAGGGAAACCUAUCCAAAAGAAGCUGGACACUGCCUGCGCUGACCCCACAGACCCCCGGGCUGGCUGCUGAGCAGAGGGGCCACAGCUGCUUGGCAGGGCAAGGAGUGCAGAGGGAAGGAGCCAGGAACAAAUCAGCCUGGGCCAGGUGAGACAGCAAUCUGCACAUUUCAGCUCUCUCCGCUGUUGCUGAUCCCUUCCCCUGCCUGUAAGCUCCUUUAUACUGACCUAGUUAGGUUUCACCAAGCCCCAGAGGAAUUCUUCCUUGGCUGACCAGAUUAGCAAUGAGCAGAGCAGCUGCUAGGGAAAUGUAAUUACACUCUAUUUCCAGCUGGCAGGUACCACUUGCAGGGAGCACAGCCAGCCUUACGAAUGUUGCUGUGCAGAGCUGCACCAGAGUCUGGUCUGCCUUGGAGAACAGGUGGCACCCGUGACUGAGCAAUAGCAACGUGUAACUACUGUAUAUCUCACCACCUGUAGCACUGAGAGGCCAUUUCCCACUGCCUAACCCAUCCUGUUUUCUAUUUAGCCUGUCCUUUUUAUACCACUCACCUUAGCACACUGCCAGCACAAACCCAUUAGGAUCACAUUUCCUUUUACAAGUAAUUCCUGAGGUUGUCUCUCUUGUUCUGUUGUGUUCCAGUUCAAUAAAAUACAUUAUAUAUAUAUAUAUAUACAUAUAUAAAAACAUAUAUACAUACACAUGUAUUUUCAGUGGAAAAACCAUAUACAAGUUUAGAAUUCUUAAAGGAAUACAAUGUAUAUUGCAACUAAUAAUAAAGUUAUGUUUUCUGAA